AUGGAUUUCCUCCGACUACAUCUCCCGGGGCUGCAUCAGGCCUUGAGGGGGGCGCUGGACUCCCUGAGCACCUUUAUCUCCUACCUGAUGGGAGAUGAGGUUCCCACUGCCGGAAGGAGCGAGGGGACGGGAGAGGCGGCUGCAGGGAAGCGGGGCAAGAUUGUGGAGGAGGAAGCCCAGGAGGCUCUGGAAGGUCUUGGAUGUAGCCAGAGCCAGGGGGAGGGAGAGCCGGGAGGGCCCGAAGAGCCUGGGAGAUGCCAGGAGGGCGAUUCCGCUGCAGAACAGACCCGGGGCCGGGGAGAAGGCGAGUCCCACGGGGCCCAAGCAGACAGGCAGGACACUGGGGCCCAGGAGGCAGCCAAGGCAUCCGGGUGCCAGAAGCUGAGUGCCCCCUUGGAGGUCCUGAAGGAUUCUGAGGCCGAGUCCGGGGCUGAGCGAGACGGGAGCAGCCAGGUGUCUAGGGAGCGGGAAGCGAAGAGAGGAGAGACACCCAGAACCUGGGAGGAGGAAGAGGCCUGGCCAGGAGGGCCAGGGCUGGCUGGAGGGGUGGAGUCAGAGUGGGCCUGGCACAGGGAGCCUGAGGGGAAAGGCUGUGCUGACAGCCCGAGGGUGCCAGGGGAGGGCCCGGAGUCGGAGCAGGCAGGCGCAGAGGAGGGCUGGAUAAAAGCAGGUAGGGAGGAGCUCGGGACCUCCUCAGACAGGGAGGAGAUCUGGAUAGCAACGGGCACGCAGGAGGAUGGGACAGCCUCAGGAGAAGAGAAGGGCAGGGCGGCCUCAGGAGGGGAAGAGACCAGGACAACCUCGGGAGGGGAAGAGGCCUGGACAGCCGCAGGCCCGGAGGAGGCCUGCACAGAUUCGGGUGGGGAGGAGGCCGGGAGAACCUCAGACAUAGAGGAGGCCUGCACAACCUCCAGCAGGGAAGAAACCUGUACAGCCUCGGGCAUAGUGGAGGCCUGUGCAGCCUCAGGCAGGGAGGAGGCCUGUACAGCCUUGGGCAGGGAGGAGGCCUGGAUCAAUCCAAGGGAGCCGGAGGGUGAGGCUGAUGCGGAGGCCGCCCCCGGGGCCCAGCCCGAGACGCCCCCAGGGGAGAGGAGUGAGGAGGAGGCAGGGGCAGACCAGCCAGUGCUUCCCGAGACCCCUGAAAACCAGCCCCCUGAGCUGAUGCGAGGGGAGGAGGGGGAAGGGAGCCCCGAACGAAGAGCCCCGGAGGCCGAGGAGAUGACCUGGACGGCGCACGCUGAGGCCGCUGACCCCCAAGACCCAGAGGACGCGGGGGUCCAAGAGGACGAAGGCCCAUGGCAGCGCUCAGAGGCCGUGCCCGGGCCCCGGGGGGAGGCCGAGGGCUGUGCAGAAGGAGAUGAAGCUCACGGCUGCUGGACUGAGGCCCUGCUCCCCGCAUCCCGCCUGGAUGUGUCGGUGUCCCGGAGCCGGGCUCUGCUCUCCCGCAACGCCUCCCAGCGCCGCUCCCGGCCCUCUUUCCGCCGGCCCCCUGCCCAGGAGACGCAGGGGGAACCUCCCAGCCCCCCACGGCAGGAGGGGGACUCUGUCCCCCAGCAGAGCCUUCUGCAGCUUGAGGAGCCCCCACAGCCAAGUGCCCCGAGGCCUGAAGGGACCCCCGUGCCCGCGAGGAGGAGGCCGCUGGGACAGGGGUUCGGCCUGGCACACCCGGGCAUGAUGCAGGAGCUGCAGGCCAGGCUGGGCCAGCCAAAGCCCCAGUGAUGGGAGCGGAGACCCUGGACACAGGCCCAAGUGACUGUCAGGCCCUGAGUGGACCCACCUCGGUGCCCUCCCUCUGCCGCUUGGACACACUCUCUCCAGCCUCCCGCUAGCUCUCGAGUGGGGGGGCCACGGAGCGGAGCCCAGCCCCUGCUGGAACCAUGGACGCUGGAAGCCUGGUCAUCCCCCCGUGGGGACUGUCUCUCUCCACUUCCCCCACCUGUCUCAGAAGGACCCAGAGGGGAGUUGUCUUCACAGCCUCCCCCUCGCUCUCUA